AGGCGCACACGGGCGAGAGGUUAUUCUGGACAAGACCAACAGGAUCAGCAGCUGGAGCAUCCGAGACCCUGUAGGGGAGACAUCAUCGGGCUCCUUCAGUCCGUGAAGCGAGGAAACUCUGAUGGUGAGGUGAGGUCACAAAUCCAUGAUAUGACUGCCAAAAUUGGCACACAUGAUGGGCCCUUCCACUGUGAUGAGGCCCUAGCCUGCUACAUGCUUAGAUGCCUUCCGCAAUAUAAGAAUGCAAGAAUUGUAAGAUCGAGAAAUGAGAGCUUGCUUUCCACAUGCGAUAUUGUCGUGGACGUGGGUGGGAUUUACGACCAUGCCAAACGACGAUAUGAUCACCAUCAAAGGGAAUUCUCAGCCACCAUGAUCACAGGGGAGAAGACAUGGAAGACGACGCUGAGCAGCGCUGGGCUGAUUUUCUAUCACUAUGGGAAAGAAAUCAUCAGCAUCGUUCUGGAGUGUCUGGUGGAGGAUUUCAAGGUGGAAAAAGUGUUAGAAAAGGUCUAUGGAAACUUAAUUGAAGAGAUUGAUGCUACCGACAAUGGUAUCCCAAUCUGUCAUCGGGGCCUUAUGAAGUACAAGAUCUGCACAAGUCUUUCAACCCAAAUAAGGAACUUGAAACCACAAUGGACAGAUACGGACAAAAGUACUGAUGAUGUAUUUCCCGAGGCUAUGAAGACGGCAGGUGAUAUAUUCAUUGACCGCGUCCGAUACUAUGGGAACGUCUGGUGGCCUGCCCGAGAGAUGCUCAUUGAGGAUUUGAACAGAAUAUACAAUAAGCUUUCGCAGGUGGAUAAGAGCGGAAAUAUCCUUCAGUUAUCCAAAUACUACCCUUGGAGGGAACAUUUGCUUGACUUGGCAGGUGAAAAUUUGCAAUGGAGAAAUCAAAUAAAUCGCUUGGCUUUCGUGAUAUAUCAGACUCCCAGCAAGUGGAUUAUCAAAGCAAUUCCCAGGUCAUCCGGUCGAAAGGUGCUCUUGCCUGAAGAAUGGGGAGGACUGGAAAAGGCGGAGCUGGUGGAAAAGUCUGGUCUGCAGGGUAUCAUUUUCGUACAUGGGAAUAGAUUCAUCGGAGGACAUGAGUCUCGCGACGGAGUCAUCAGCAUGGCAAAGAUGAGUCUGGCUGCUUUUCAGCAGGGGCGGAAGAGACACGCGAGUUCUCCAGCUGACAAUGCUGAUGGAGGUGCAACUGCUUCCAGGAGAGGAUGCUGGUCCAUGAGAGGAGCGAUUAAAAAGAGAGAAGGAAGACGUUUGGGGAGAUAUAUACCAAAUACGAAGAGGAGAGGCGGACCAAACCAUUUGGACUUCCAACGAGAACGACUCCAUUUCUAAUGUGAAGAAGAAUGCGACAGGGUCAACCGAGUUUCGAAUCCCGUCAUUGAAGGACUUAGGUUCAAAAGAGGCAAUUUGGA